GUGUGUGUUCUGUUUUUCCCAGGUAUGGCUGGACUGAUUGGCUGCCACCGCUUGAGAGACACCUGACCAGCGUUUAUCUCUACGAGUUCUCUCUGUCUCACACACACAUUUAACGGGAUACAGCAGAUACUUGGACGCUUUGUGCUUGGAUUUACUCCCCCAUCUGUGACGGACUUGUUGGCUACACUUGCCCACAACUUUAUCAGGUUCCACUAAACGUGAACCUCGAGAAGUGCACACAGGAACUGUCAGAGGAUUGGCAGUAGCUCGGCCAAACACCCAGUUGGUUGUGUGUGAGGUGUGGUAGGAGGUGGCUUAGGCCCUAAGUCUUGUGUGAAGUGGAGUGAGGCAGCUGCUACUGGCUGCCCACCCCAACCCCAUCCACAACUCUGGCAGGAGGAGAGCAACAGAUUGAUCGGAGGAUGGAGCGUGAGAGCAAUCAGCUUGAGGCUGGGCCCAUCCUUUGUCGCAUGGGCUGUGGCUUUUUCGGCUCCCCAAACACAGACGGGCUCUGCUCUAAGUGUUACAAGGACGCCCUUAAAAAGAAACAACAACCGCCUUCCACAGUCACCUCGCCCACUGCCUCCGUAGCCCCCACUUCAGCCUCUCCGGCAACCCCCACAUCUACCCUCCAUCAGGCUGCAACCGUCGCUACGACCACCGGCCAGCCUACCGUGCCCACACUCACACAGCCUAGUGUUGCAAAACUCAAGUACUCAAAUGUACAAAGGUGGCAGGUGUCCCAGGAUCUUCAGAAAAGCGAGAAACCUCAGAGGAUGGGGGAGCAUCUGCUGCUGACAGUCUGGACGCAGACUUUGAUGCUGGGAGUCCAGAUAAGGAUGGAGCUAAGAAGAAGAAGAACAAGUGCCAGAUGUGUAAGAAGAAGGUUGGUCUCACAGGCUUCACAUGUAGGUGCGAUGGUCUCUUCUGCUCGGUGCAUCGCUACAGCAACGAACACCGCUGUACAUUUGAUUAUCGCGAACACGGAGCGGAGGAGAUCAGGCGGAACAACCCGGUUAUCAAGGGCGAAAAAAUCCAAAAGAUAUGAAGACACCAUUACAAGGCCAACAGUUGAGCCCCACCUCACCCCAGCUUGGGUCACGAACCACGAAGGAAGACGGGACAGAGAAAACGGUCUAGAUGAUGUGGAUGAUAAACUGUAUUUCAUGGUGACGUCAAGAUUCGACGAGUUUUGAUUUUUUCCUUGUUCUUCUAUGAAUAUAUUUGGAAAUAGGCAUAUCUGUAUACUGGGGUUACUGUACUGUUUUGACAGAAAAUUUGUCUGCAGUGAUCAUGCUGGAAUUUUGAGUUGUGUUGGUUGGCUCUGCUGUGUUGUGUAUUUGUGUCUGCGUGGGGGGCUAUAGAAGCUGUUGUUGCCGGAGGUCCCGCCACUUGUGUCUAGCAUUACCUCAUCAUGUCACCGCCGUCAUUAAUUCACGUCAUCAAUUUCACGUAAAUCACUCAUGCAUCACUUACAGCCCAUACAUCAAUCAUCUCCAUCCCUCAUGUAAUAUCAUCUCAUCACAUGUCGUCUAGUAUGUAGGGAAAACUUACCUGACGGAUGCCUUGGCACAAGGUCUUGUUGGGCAAAACUCAAACUGCGUCCUUGAAGAAAAAAAAGAAAUGUGGCGUUUCUUGAAGGGCAGAUCCACUCCAUGAUGUGUACUUGUUCUAGUUAACUGAAGGAAAGAUGGAAAAAAAAAAACAUUUAACCUGUGCAACAAAUUUGACGCCCACUUCUGACCCUCACGGCCACUUGCUGCGCAUAUCUUUGAACUGGACAUCGCCCUCCUGGGUCAACAGAUGGCCUUAAUUCUCCCAACCACACCAUCUCUUCACCCACUUCCUGAGCAAGCAAUAGGAACAAAAGCAUGCUCGGGCAGGUAACAAGUUUGUGUGAACUUGGCGCAGCCUCCACUAAGUCUGUUGGCCCGGUCAAAGUGAUGCCUUAAUGUAAGCGACAUGUGAGCCAAGGAUUCAAUAAUCCCAUGUUAUUAUGCACUUGGAUUUAACAUAUAGAUGGGCUUUCAUGCCUUUUGUACCAAGCGUAUUAAAUUAAUAAUUACUGCAACAUUUGUAGUGGCUAUGAGAAAUGGAUAAAAAAAAUGAGGUAGCCUUGUUUGUAUGUGUGUGUAUGAAUGAUAACUUACCUCUAGGGCAAUUGUGUUAGCAUGUGUGCUAUUAUCAUAACUUCAAAUGUAAAAAAACUGCUCACUUACCACUUGGGAUUCUUAUGGGGAAAAUGCCUCUUGUAGGAACUUGUCCUUACAUCAGUGUCUUUAUAUUGAUUGAGCUGUGGGGGUUUUCUUGGUUUACAAUCCUCAUUAUAAGCUCUGUGCAUCCAUUAUCUUACACUUGAUAUGCACCUUAAACUGAUGGAGUGAAAUAAUUUGAUUUUUGUAAGAAGCGUUUCUCUUGUUUGUGUUUUUAUUGCCGUAGUUGGUGCUUAUACAGAGUAGAAGACGUAUUGAAGAUCACAGUUUUUAAUGAAAAUAAAGGUAACUGGCAAGCUCCUUACAAAUGUUGUUGUGAUGCCCUAUGAAAGCCACGCCAUGUUUGCUCCUUCCAUUUUAGUGUUUAGUUUUAUGCCAGUCCAAUGGCAUCUUGUUUGUGAGGAGUUUGUUUCUUUGCUUUAUAACUAUUCCCUCUUGAUUACCAUUAUUAUCAAUAGUCAUUGUUACUAUAUACGAUUUGUAGUCAAAUAUGUCCUGGUGUGCUCAAAUAAAUGGGUACAGCUAACUAAA